CAGUUCUCCUUUUCGCUUGCUCUCUCUUUCUCUCUUUCUCUCUCUCUCUCUGUUUUCACAACCACACACAACCUGCAAUGGCUGAAGCACGCUCUGCUGUGGCUGUUGUUCCGCCUCGUCUGGGUGUCACCCUCAGUGAGGACGGCAGCCUGCACGUCCACUGGGAGAAAGACGCCAUCGCGCUGCUCCUAAAAGCCGUUCGCAAGGCAGCUGUUCGCCGGUACUUUCGCGUGAGCAAUGCCAUUGUGAAUGGCGUCUGGCCCGCCUCCCCCGCGUCCCUCGCAGUCAUGCUCUCGGUCUUUGCCGCCAUCAUGCUCGCAGACGGCACUGCCAGCGAAGAGUCCAAUCUGUACUUUGUGCGCUCCAAGCUGGACUGGAUUAACGAUCAUCUCUGGUGGGCGGAAUGGGCGCCGACACUCUUCCGCGUUCUCAUCGUUUCGUCCAUCGGCGCGGUGCUCUUCUUCCUGCUGACUUCGAUUGUUCGUCGAUACCUCUUGCGCACGGCGCUGUCAUGGAAGGGCUGGAUGUACCAAGAGCCGGGCAAGCGCUCGCAUGCCGUGACUGCAUGGGGCUUGAUUGUUCAGGUGCUCAGCUUCUCGCUCAAAAAACCGCUCAUGUACAGCUACCAGAAUGCCCUGCCCCGGCAAUCGGUUCCUGCGUUGAAAGACACUGUGGCUCGCUACCUGAAAACGGUCGAACCUCUUUUGUCAUCCGAGGAGUUUGCCUCAGUCAAGAAGAACGCUCAAGACUUUGUCAACACCACUGGCCCUGCGUUCCAACGUCUGCUGCUUCUCAAGUCCUGGAUGGCUGACAACUAUGUGACUGACUGGUGGGAAAAGUACGUCUAUCUCCGCGGCCGCUCGAGCAUCAUGAUCAACAGCAACUUUUACGUGCUGGACUCAAACAAUUGGUCGCCUACCACGAUUCAAGCGUCCCGUGCCGGACAGCUCACUUACCAGCUCUGCCAGUUCCGUCAGCUCUGGGAGCGCGAACAGCUUCAACCGUUGGUCAUCCGCGACACAGUCCCGCUCUGCAUGUGGCAGUACGAGCGCAUUUUCUCGACCAGCCGCAUUCCUGGCAAGGAAUUCGACGAGAUUGUGCACUAUGACAAGCACGAAAGUCGCCACAUUAUUGUGCAAUGCCGCAACAUCUUUUACGACGUCUCGCUCUUCCACACUGACGGCAGCCCGUUCACUGCGGCCGAUUUCGAAAACCAGUACGAAUGGAUCCUUCGUGACGCUGCCCAAUCGCCCGCGCCUGCUCAGGGCGCUGAUCGCCUUGCGGCGCUGACGGCCGACAACCGCGGCAUUUGGCACGACGCUCGCCUCAACCACUUCAGCGCUGGCAUCAACCGCGUCUCUCUUGCACGCAUUGACAAGGCAGCCUUCUUUGUCAACCUCGACGAAGGCGCGCCGGCUCUUGGCGAAGCAGGCGCGUCCGAUCAAGGUCGCGCGCUCUUGCAUGGCAACGGUCGCAACCGCUGGUUUGACAAGUCCUUCACCCUUGUCGUGUUCUCGAACGGCAAGGCUGGCCUCAACACGGAGCACUCGUGGGCCGACGCACCCGUCAUUGGACACAUGUGGGAAUGGGCCGGCACUGCCGAAACCAUGGCCGGCAGCUACCUGACCUCGGGCGCAGUCGACAUCCAAGCUGCUGACAUUCGCCGCGCUGGCGCGAUUGGCGACCUCCCUUCCGAUUCCAGCAUCAAGGCUGCCCGCGUCAAGGAGCAGUUGAGCAUUCAUCUGAGCGCGCAACGCCCGCAAAAGCUCCAGUUCCAGUUCAGCCAAGCGGCCGUGCAGCUCCUUGACGAGUCCUUGGUUCGCGCGCAGGCAAUGAUCAGCGACUUUGACUUGAAGAUUCUCUACUUUAAAGAGUUUGGCAAGUCCACCAUCAAGAAGGCCCGCGUGUCCCCUGACGCCUUCAUCCAGCUAGCGCUGCAGCUCGCGUACUUUAAAAACCAGGGCAAGUUCACCCAGACGUACGAGUCUUCCAUGACCCGCCUCUACCUCAAAGGCCGUACCGAGACAGUCCGUCCCGUCACCGACAUGACCUGUGCCUUUGUCCGGGCCAUGGUCGACAAGGACGGCAAGAAGGAAGAACGCGUGCGUUUGCUGCAGAAGGCGGGAGACUUGCACCAGCAGGCGUACCGUGACGCAAUGUGCGGCAAGGGUGUCGACCGCCACUUGUUUGCGCUGUACCUGGUCUCCAUCUACAAGCAGCAGGAGUCCAAGUUCCUUUCGGACGCCCUGUCCGUUCCGUGGCGCUUGUCGACGAGCCAACAACCGCAACAGCAGACCGACCGUUGGGAUCCCAACGCCCCCGAUUCGUGGGACCGUGUUUGCGCCGGCGGUGGCUUUGGACCCGUGGCAGAUGAUGGCUAUGGCGUUUCUUACAUGGUCGCUGGCGAGAAGCGGCUCUUCUUCCACGUGUCCUGCAAGCGCUCCUCUUCCAACACGGAUGCCACCGAGUUUGCUCGUUUGAUUUCGGAGAGCUUGAUGGAGAUGCGCGACCUCUUUGUCUGAGCAACACAAUCCUGGUUUUAUUCCAAUCAAUACAGUACCUUUGUUCAUGCCU